AUGAUUUUCAAGUCGUGGGAGCUCGAUAUGUUGCAAUACGUAUACAUUGCCAUCUUUCUUUUGGUGAUAUUUGUUUUGCUCUUGUUUUUCUUUUUAAUUCUUUUUCUGUGUGCCAACGACCAUCUUGUACCCACGCUUAGUUUUAUUUCUGACAAGCUGUCCCUUUCUCCAUCCGUUGCCGGAGUGACCUUGUUGGCAUUAGGAAAUGCGGCUCCAGAUUUAUUUACCAGUUUGGCUGGAGUGGAAAACAUGGAAAGCAUUCCAUUGGUGAUUUCCGGCGCUAUUGGUUCGGGGCUUUUCAUUACGGUGUUUGUUUUCGGAAUCAUCUUGACAAAAACAAAGCCUUCUCCUCCCGAAAUCAGGCAGCCUGUGAUGUUUGGAACGAACAUUUUAAUGUAUUUCUGUGCCAUCUGCAUGGUCUCACUGAUUGUAUUUCCUAAAGAGAUCACUUUGAUCGUUCCCAUGCUGGGGUUUAUCUUGUAUUCGGCCUAUAUUUUCUUUGUUCUUUGGGUUGAAAAAUCCUCCUCUUCAUCGGGAGCCCCAGUCCCACCGUCCAUUUAUCGCAACUCAAUGUCACUCCAAUCGAUCCGCUCCCUUACCUCGAAACCCCACUCUAUUGACAAGGCCGGAAUGUUUUUGGGAUCAGUGGAUAGCCAAAAAUCUAUCUUGGCCUCUGAAUCUAGCCUAGCAUCACAUGCUAUUGAUAUUCAAGAAACCAAUGCAGAGCAGGCCAAAGAAUUUGAAAAGUCUUAUUCAUCUAAACUGAUUCGAAACCCGUUCAAAAUAUUCGUUUAUUUAUUUGCUUUUCUUUUGUCCAUCAGCAUUCCACCUAUAAUUAGGCCUUCUGAGCUGGACAACAAUCAGCAGCUCAAGAGAAGUCAAAAAAUACGCAUCAUUUUUUCCCCUUUUUUUAGUCUUUGUCUAAUUUUGACCUGCUUGAGGUUGUGGAAUACCAAAACACUUUUGCUUUACGUCGUUGCCUCUGUGCUAAUGUCUGCGAUUGCAUAUUUAUCUGUUCAAAACAUCUAUGUGGAUACCAUUAAGUUUGCCGUUAUUUCUUCAACCCUUGCUGGCCUCUCAUUCGCCAUGGCCACCUUUUGGAGUUGGGCCGUUUCAAGAGAAGUGAUUUCCCUGUUCACUGCGAUUCCAGCCAUCAUUCCUGGCUUCCCCCAAUCAAUUUUAGGCCUUACCGUUAUGGCGUGGGGCAAUUCUUUUGGCGAUUUGGUGGUUGGGCUCGCCCUGUCAUCGACGGAAAAUUUUGAAUUAGGAAUUACGGGCGUUUUUUCUGGUCCCGUGUUGAAUGUCCUCCUUUCGCUGUCAAUUUCAAUUUUUAAGAUGCUGCUCACCAAUAAGUUCCAAAUGCUUUUGAGACCACAAUUCGAUACCACCAUUUAUAUUUCCCUUGCACUGUUGGCAUUGACAACCAUUAUUUCGUUAUUUUUUUAUAAAUCGCUGGCGUCUUUUGGAAGGAUAUAUGGAAAAUUUCUGAUUUUCACCUAUUUGGGCUUAAUCGCUUCCCAAACCUCGUGUGCCAUUACAAAGGCAGAUUACGAGUCGUACAUCUUCCUUCAUAGGAUAGAUCUUACACAGCUGAAGGCCGAUGUGCAACAAAGCCAGGCAAGAGAAACCUUUUCUGCUCUGCUUGCUCAGGAGCAGCUUUCUAAAGACUUGAACAGCGGCAAGCAAAAGAUCCGGGAAAAGCUUUUAUCUCUUCGUUCCGAAGGCAGGCUUGAAAUGACACUAGAAAAGGGCAGAAUGCGGGAUGCUUUUUUGGGUGCGCAAUUAAACUAUCAGGAUGUGCACUCCAAGAUUGACACCGAAACUUCGAACGGCUUUGCAGCAACGGAGAAGCUAAGGCAUGAACUUUUCUAUUCGCUCACCGGUAUCGAUUGUUUAUUGAGUUAUAGGCUUUUUUCUAUCUGGUGCGGCCGUGCUUCUCGGGUUUCUUCGCUACUAUUCUGCGUGAAAAUGGGCGCCGUGCAAGAUUGA